CAACAUUCCUGGUUUUAUCCUACAAAGUGCAAAGCACAACAAACAAACACCACAACAACUUUACUCUACCAACAUCAAUCAAUCAAAUCAACCACUUAUACCUACUACACAACUGAACCUCCACAAAACAAACAAGCAAACAACGCCACCAAAAAUGGACUCUUCACCACCAACAACCCCAACCAAAACCCAACAAUCACAAACCCAACACUACCAAUCUCCUUACCCCCAAGACUCCUCCCCCGCCUGCCGCUCCGCUAUCCAGCACACCUCCUCAUGGAAACCUAGCUCGCUCGAUCGCCGCCUCAGCUGGAGCUCCCAGGACCAGAAGCACGCGCUGCAGAUGAGCGGCAUUGAGGGCGUGCGGUCGGGACACCAGGGCUUUACGGAGCGAUCGUGAUUUUCUUCUACGGGGAGUGUAGAUUGCAUGAGGGAGAUGAUUGGGAAAAAAAAAGAGAGAUUCAUGAGCUGCAUGUGUGGUUUUUCUUCUUCUUCUUUUCUUUCUUUCAAUGAUUUGAUAUGAAAAGGAAAAAGCGUAUUUGGGAAAUUUGUUUGGGAAAUUGGGUCAACCAUUGGGAACUGCAUGGCACGGAGCGAAAUAACAAAAGCAUGCGAAAUAAUGCCGAGAUUGAGCUGAUGGUAUUCGGGACCUGAGAUGUGACUCCAAGUCGAGCAUCAUGGCAGAUUGGCAGAUACCUAUAAUAGCUCCGUACUGAAUGGUUAUUUACUUGGUUCUUUAAUCUUU